AUGAAUAUCCAUGAAAUAAUUGGAGAAAUAGAGCAGAAGGCGGCAACUGGCCCAGUCACAAUCGACUUCACGGAAUGCACCUACAUCGACCUAAGUGGGAAUAUCGAACUAAUCGACUACCUGGGGGAAACAGAUACCAAAAUCACAGUCGUAGGAGACAGUCUCAAUUUGUAUAGUAGGCUUAAACAAGACUAA